AUCACGCACGAGUAUACAUUGUCGUUGAGUGGUUCUGAAAUCGCUGCGCUAGGGACGACUGCAACCAAGCGUUGCGACAAGUUACGGUGGGAGCUUCUGUCCGUGCUGUGUGAUUGCGACGAGGGGACCGCCGCCAGCAGCAGCGUUUCGCCGAUUUCGUCUUUGCCGACAUCGAGCAAGUGCGCUCGCCGGAAGCGCCCGAAGUGCUGCGGUUUGCACUGCAUCUUUCAUUGUGAUAUGGGAGAUCGCAACGGACAGAGACGACCAGAUGCAUACGAACCACUACCAGCGGGGACCUGUGACCUGUGGCAUAUUUCUCUUAACGUCUCAGGUAUUCAAGAAAUGCCAACAUCCAGAAGAAGACGCCAUCUUAUCCAGCACGUUAUUGGUACACUCUGGUGGCUCCCGCCCCUGCAUCCUACCACCACUGUGUCCCGACUACGUCCACUAGGGAGUUUGAAGCCUUUGGCGGCUCCUGCCGCUGCGUCCUGCCACCACCAUGUCCUGACUACGUCCACUAAGGAGUUGGCAGCCUUCGUGAUGAUGCCAAGCAGGCUGGAAGCCGACAGAAAGAUUAAGGUUGCCUCGAAAUUUUACCAAAGCCGUACCACACACUCGGGCCAGGCCUCUUGCAAACGGCGUAUAACCAGGCUCAACGCAUGAGUGUCGAGUGAGUCCGGAGAUCAAGGCAACCUGCUGUGCGACCAGCGUGCAACCUUUGGUGACCUCUCUACAUGUUCCACCUAUUUCACAGCUGCACCUCAGCUGCAACUUAUCCAAACAGCAUCACCAACUGUGGUCACUCAUCGAACCAUGGAUGAAUGUUAGGGUGGAGUGAUUUGAAGAGACAUUCUAUUUGUCUCUUCAAAUUCUUAGCAAAUACUUGUGUUAUUAUAAUUAAUAUGUGUCUUUAGUGCCUAGUUUUUAAUGGUUCCUUUCUAUUAGAAUUCUCACCAUCGAUUCCUGCUAUUACUAUAAUGUAUGUCUUUAUGCCCAGUUUUUCGUAGUUCUUUUGUACUUGUGUAUGUAAUUGAUAGAUUCAUACUUGUUAUACAGAAAGCUAAAAUGCAAACUUACAGCAUUUUUUUCUUUCUUUUGAUUAUCUACAGCACUGCAAAGUGUUCAAGAAAUGUAACCUAACGUGGGCUCUUGUGCAGGAAAAAUUUAAGAGCAAUAUAGAGUACUUAUUUCAAACACCCAUUAUUCUUGGAAAAGUCAAGAAUAUAGGAGCACAAAAAAGAAAAUAUUAAACUAGAGAAACAUAAGUUCCCCUCAUAAGUCUGAUAAUAAUGUGACUUCCUUUCACUGCAAAGAUACCAGUAAUAUACUCGCAUACAAGGUUUCAAACAAGAAAGCUAUGAUGCCCUUUGCAUUUCUCGGUGCCCAUUUGUCACACUGACGAAUGUCAAAGGCAUCGUAGGUUAUAUGCACACAUUGGUUGUGUUACACUUUUGAGUAUUUCAUUUCUCAAACACAAAGGUUUACAGCAGUGCUUUAAAUAGCAAGUGCAUUUCCUAAUUUAUUAGUGCAAGAGUAACAGUACAGAUCAUGUAAAAACUAUUUUACAGACUAUAUGUCCAUGGAUGCACGCUUCUGAUGACAUAGCAGUGACGUGGUCGUGGGAUGAAUGUCUUUAUUUCAGAUUUAAAUAUUGUCUUCCAGGUCUGGGUUAGUCUCCUACACUGAGUAGUCUAGGUCAGAGUCCAUUUACUAGAGAAAGUGGAUUAAACUAGAAAUUAUAAACAUCAAAAGAUCUUGUUUAGGACACUAAUGAGACAAUCAGCAAGGUUCUUUGGUUAUUCAUUUCCAAAUUUGUGAGGAUAUAUGUUAUGACUGGUUUCAAUAUUGUGAGUACAAAUAUUUGUUUAUUGUCACACAAGAGUUGGCUGCCCCCAUUUGUAUACAACCCCUUUACAGGCUAAAAAUUCAGUGUGUUACCCUAUUUACUCGCAUAAUGAUCGCACUUCUUUGCAAAAAAAAUUGACUCAAAUUCAGGGGUGCGGUCAUUACACUGGUUAAUUUUCCCGCAAAAAGAAAAAAAUAUAUUAUCUGGCAUUUACUAUGGGAUGACAACAGGUCAACAAAUAGGCGGCUGCUGCUGUAUGUAGUGCAGGACACGAAAAAAAAUGGUGGCCGGCAGAGCAAGCCGAACGCGCCGAAUGCAUUUUUCUUCUCGUGAGUACAUUACAGUGCAUUCAAACAGUUUCUUCCAUAUUAGUAAUGAAUAAUAUUGGCAAGUUUGCGGCAAUAACAUAGCCAUGCCCACUUUGAGGGGACAGAAACAGAUGGGCGCACUUAGCUGCCAGUGACAUAGGAACACAUGCUGCGGAAACUGCGGCAUUUGUCUUCACCACUAUCCUAACGUGGCACGUUUCCGCUAAGGGUGGGUGAAUAUCUUAGCUGCGUUACAAACGUCGGCGAAUGAAUAGGGUACACUUCUAACGUAUCAGUGUAAACGUGGCUGCUAUCAUUGCCGCUCGCGAUUUGUUGCGUGCCCACAAGUGCAGAUGAGAAGAAUCGAAAGACGCCUUUUUUUGUUGUUUUUGUUGACCACAACCAUUAUAAAGCCUACACAUAAUAAAGGAAAGUUUGGUUGUAGCUUUUUUUUGUCGUAGAAGUGCGGAAAGUGAUGAAAGCAAUGAAAUGGGGCAUCUGCUUAAGAAAGUUUUUUGCGUGCAGACUGCUUGGUUUGUCUUGAAGAGUCGUUCGCAUAGCAGUCGACAGAUGGUAAGCGCGAUCAUUAUUAGCUAGAUUUGGCACGUGACACAUCGCUGCGGCAAGUUCGGGGUGAAAUCAUUACGUGGGAAAUAAAAAAAAUCGAAUUAAAACGACAAAAUUUAGGGGUGCGAUCAUUACGCGAGUGCAAUCAUUAUGCGAGUAAAUACGGUAAUAGGCUGUUUUUGGUUUUGUGCACUCUAUGUUAAGGGAUGCAAAUGGUGACAUACAACAGAAUGCAAAAAUGACUAAUGAAUUCAAGCAGGGCAUGGGGCUUUUUAGGCAGAUGCGUGCGUGUGCUAUUUAUAAAGCUCCCCAUGGUAUGCCUGAAGGCAUUUUCUAACACUUUGGUAGAAUACACUGACACCCACUUAUUAACUCCUCGAAACAACUUUUUUAUAUAUUUGUACUAGAGAUUUGAAUAUACUGUCAUUCAUAAAGUGUUUUAUUAGA